AUGUAAAUUUAUAUUGAUAAUGACUUUGAUGGUGGUACAUAUGACGAUGGUGAAAUGAAAAAUGGAAAAUGGCAUGAUUUCUUUGAUAAUUACAGAGAGUAAAAAUAAUUAUUAAUUGAUGUAGAAAUUAUUAAGUUAUUUAGUAAUAUGAAUGGAGAAUGGAAUGAUAUUUAUAAACACUAUAAUUCAUUAAAUUUUCAUAAAAAUGUACAUUUUAUUAUAUGUGAAGUUAGAGAUGGAGGAUAAUAUGAUAACAAUUGAAAGAGGAUGGGGUACUUGCUUAUUCUGA